AUGGCCACAAAUGGUGCUGUUGAGUUUCUGCUUGGUGGCCUGGCUACCUGUGGGGCAAGUUUCUUCACUAAUCCUCUGGAAGUUGUGAAAACUCGAAUGCAGCUGCAAGGUGAACUAAGAGCUCAUGGAGAGUAUGCGGUUCAUUAUCGAAAUGCAUUUCACGCAUUUGUAACCAUUGCCCGAAAUGAUGGAAUCCUGGCCUUGCAAAGUGGCCUAGUACCUGCAUUCUGGUAUCAGUUCUUUAUGAAUGGAACAAGGUUGGGCACAUUUCAGGUUCAAGUAAACCUUGGCUUGACAAAAGAUAGCAGUGGAAAUCACAGCUUUGUACGUAGUGUAGCCGCAGGAGCUUUUUCUGGAUGUAUGGGUGCUGUUGUUGGAAGUCCUUUCUAUAUGGUGAAAACGCAACUUCAGUCCAAAGCAAAUACAGAAAUUGCUGUUGGACAUCAGCAUCCUCAUGAAUCCAUGUCACAUGCACUUAGGACAAUAUUCAAAGAUCAUGGUGUGCUGGGGUUGUGGCGAGGUGUUAGUGGAGCUGUUGCUCGGGUCACAGUGGGAUCUGCUUCACAGUUGUCUACAUUUUCUACAUCAAAACACUUUAUAGAAAGUACUAAGAUAUUUAAACCUAACAGUGUGCUGACCACAUUUGCAGCCAGCAUGGUUGGAGGCCUUGUCGUUACUGUGUUCAUGACACCCUUUGAUGUUGUGUCCACAAGGCUCUACAAUCAACCAGUCAAUAGCUUCGGCAGAGGAGCGGUAUAUUCAGGUGUGUUCAACUGUUUCUGGAAAAUAUUUCGCUCGGAGGGCUUGUGGGGUUUUUACAAAGGUUGGGGAGCAUCCUACCUCAGACUGGGCCCUCAUACCACUCUGGGUUUGGUGUUUUGGGAUGAGCUCAGAAAAUUGUAUAAUACUUGGAAAAACCCCCUCUUGGCUACAAAAUCUAAACAAGAUGUUUAG